UAGAGAAACAUUCUGAAGCGGGGGACACAGUUCGAAGACAGAAGAGCUAAAUAGUGGAAGUCAAGUUGGUCAGGCAAGGGCGUGCUUGCGAAAACGUGUGCGUGUGUGCGUGGGAAAGUGUAACUGCCGUGCUUCUUAUUUGUGCAAGUGUCUGGUGGCGUUUUUAAGCGCCAUAGCAAUAAGUAUAACCUACAUUGUGCGUGUGGUGGUCGUUAGGGGCUUGGAUUGCAGUGAAACGGAAGAACAACAAAAAGAAAUAAACCAUGUUUGAUGUGUUCGGCUCCGUGAAGGGGCUGCUCAAACUAGACUCGGUAUGUAUAGACAACAACGUGUUCCGGCUUCAUUACAAAGCCACUGUAAUCAUCUUGAUUGCAUUUUCGUUGCUGGUUACAUCCCGACAAUACAUCGGUGAUCCUAUCGAUUGCAUAGUCGACGAAAUUCCCCUUAACGUUAUGGACACAUACUGUUGGAUUUACUCCACGUUUACGAUACCGAAUCGACUGGGAGGUAGGCCUGGUAUAGAUGUGGCACAUCCUGGCGUGUCCAGCCAUAACGAAAAUGACGAAGUUAAAUACCACAAAUACUACCAGUGGGUUUGUUUCGUUCUCUUCUUUCAAGCCAUCUUGUUUUACAUACCUCGCUAUCUGUGGAAGACAUGGGAAGGCGGACGCAUCAAGAUGUUGGUACUAGAUUUGAAUUGCCCAGUAGUAAGCGAAGACUGCAAAACCGAUCGAAAGAAACUGCUGGUAGACUACUUUGCAACUAACCUACACACACAAAAUUUCUAUGCCAUACGCUUCUUCAUCUGCGAAGUGCUCAAUUUCGUUAACGUGGUGGGUCAGAUCUAUUUCAUGGAUUUCUUCCUGGACGGGGAGUUCACCAAUUACGGCGCCGAUGUCAUCAGGUUUACUGAAAUGGAACCGGAGGACAGAGCAGAUCCAAUGAGCCGUGUGUUCCCCAAGGUGACAAAGUGCACAUUCCACAAAUACGGUCCUUCAGGCACGGUGCAGAAGUUCGACGGACUCUGCGUUCUGCCCCUUAACAUUGUCAACGAGAAGAUCUAUGUGUUCCUGUGGUUCUGGUUUGUGUUCCUGUCCGUGCUGACGGGCAUAGCGCUGCUGUACCGGGCUGCCGUGAUUGUAGGACCGCAGAUCCGCAUGUACCUUCUGCGGGCCAGAUCCCGUCUCGCACCGCAGGAUCAGAUAGAAGCAAUAUCCCGCAAGUGCCAGAUUGGUGACUGGUUUGUCCUUUACCAGCUCGGUAAGAACAUCGACCCACUCAUCUACAAAGAACUGGUGGCGGACUUAGCAAAGAGAUUAGAAGGAAAAGAGACCGUGUAAAAAAUCUUAAGUGCCUUAUCGUUUUGUUUUAUGAAAAAAAGAAACUAGUAUGAUGUAUUAUCAAAAGAAAUCCAGAGGAUUAGCAGGGGCAGAUGAGGCGUAAUUACUGUGUUCAAUUACUACGUCGCCACGUAGCACAAAGGAAAACUUUGUCCCUAUGUCCAUGCACCACCUGCAUCAGUUUCAAUAGGGCAUGUUGUCCAAAAUGGGAAACCACACCCCGCUGUUUGGCAGUGACAUGGCUCAGCUAGCUAUGAGCUGAUUCAAGUUGUGCGUGGAAAGUAAAUGAUGAAACAUUGAUUCCUGUGAUGUAUUAAAAGACUGCAUUGAUGUUAUGGCGCACGUCAAGAAUUUGAGGUUCCUGGCCUGAUAAUGAAUGAGUGAACCUCCAUGUCAUCGUAUAGCCUGCAAUGCCGGGAACAACAUUUUGUUCACGUAAUAAGUUUUUUUUUUUAAUUGUUGUGUAGUCUGUUGGAUAUUUGAUCACCAUUUGGGCCAGAAAUGUAAAUGGUGAUAAGGUGUGCUGUAGGUUCUUUUGCCUUUUUAAGUUCCCAUAGUAAAUAGUGACGCAGCUUGUGGCAGAAGUUUUCCAGGAAAAAAGAGAGAUGCUGCCAUUAUGUUCUCUUUUUUUUUUUUCUUCCAACAUUAAUUUUCACUGUUGUUUUCCUAGACUCGUAUUUAUUUAAUUGCAGUGCUGAAGUCUAUUGUUUUAAAAUGGUUAAUAUGUGUAAGGUUAUGUUAAUAACUAGGACCAUCUCUGGUUAUUCAAUUGUGGUGUGUUUCAGAUAACCACUGAUACUGCAUCAAUUUGGUAUGCAAACAGAUAAAUGUUCACACAAUCAGUUGAUGGCUUAAUAUUUUGCAGUUACUGAUUUAGUUGGUCUCAUUUAAACACGUCACUGGAUAGGUUAAGUAUGAUGAAGUGCUAGUGAGACAUAUCAAAUUUCAAUUAUUCCAGCAAGGAACAUUUUAUUUCUUAAAGCAUAGAACUCCUCUCCCAGGGUAAUAAAAUUCUUUCCAUAAACUUUCUUUUUUUGUAUGUGAAGUGGUGAACUGUUCAAUAAAAUGAGCAGUUAGUGAAAUUAAGAUGGCAAAACUAGUGAAUAAGAAAUCGGAAGGUUCUUGCAUUCCUAACAGUACUGCUUCCUUAUCUGUAGUGAAUAAGUACAUAAGUAUGUUCUGUGAUUGAUAUUGCAGUUUCCGGAAGUGCACACAGAUGUUGCGUAAACGUAAAAUGGUAACAGGCAGUAGCAGCAUUCUCAUAUAGUUGUAAAACAUUUUUUCUACAAGAUUUCUUUAUACAUAUGCUAGUAACAUUUUGUUUUCUAAUGUAAUUCAGGAUUUUUUUAACUUAAAUAAUCAUAUAUUUCUGGAUACUGCAAUUUUACCUAUAAUCAUUCUAAUAGUAUUUGUGUUUUUCUUCAUGGUUAAGCAAUGUCCAUUUUAAAUAUACAAGAACUAUACAAUCUUCCUUUACGAAAUCACAAUACAUUCCAUGUUCAAGGGACCAUACCAUAUUUUUUCUUUGUGAGAGAGUUUAUUUUUCCAUUAUUGAUUUUGGAAUAUGAUACAGUUUGUACAAUAUUAUCUUUCACAAAAUGCAUAUCCUAAAUGUGCCCAGUAUGGGAAUAUCUCACUUUGAUAUCAGUGCUUAGUACGGAGGAUGUGUCCCGUUAUAACUGAGGACACGGUUAUGCUGUACCUUGCACACCGACCUUGUAUUACAUGUAACGGAUGGGGUAGGGAAUACACCACAAUCUUCAGGUGGUGAAGAGCAGAUAUGUGUUGUCAUUUUGACCUCACAGCUAUAUUAAUAUAGCCAUGAGUUACUGUAUGAUAUUAUUUACAUGAGAGAUUAUGCUGGAAGAUUGAGCACAAAAUGGAUUUAAUAUACUCCAUUAUCCAACCACUGAUGAACUGCCUUUUAAAUUGAAAAUUCAUUCCAUUAUCCAUAUGAAUUGGAAAAUUUUGUGAGAGAUUAUAUUCUAUAAGAAUCCAUAGUUUUCUUUUAUAAAAAAAUGCUGUUUUUAAUAUGUACCAGAAAAUAGUUGGCGUUAUUUACUGUAAUAUUUCUUUGUGAGCAGAAGAUUGAGGCCUAUAAAGUACAGAUUGGCAACACUGAUACAUAUUAUUGCCGUAUCAGUUCUGUGUUGCCACUUGUUCAGUUCUGACGGAGUUUGUUCAGAGCACCGUACAAGAGGCAAAUCACUGAGUAGGGCCUAUAUUUAUGUAUGAAGAAGCAAUAAACUUAGAAUUUGCCCUUUUGUACUCUUAUACAAAUAUAUGUGAUGAUGAUGAUUGUAAUGGUAAGCCAGAUGAUCAUUCCAAUAUUACAAAAGAUACAUACAGUGCAACUGUCUCAGUUGAUGUGCCUUAUCUUCACCAAUUGUACAAGGCUGAGAAAGAAAUUGUGAAAAUACUUUAUGUAAGAGGUUCAGGACAGAAUACCUCGUAAUUCCAAUUUAAUUUUAACAGAUAAUUCAUUUUGCUCAGAUUGAAGUGCAGUUAUGUCCAAAAGAUUGAUAAUUUCCGUACUGCCUAUUUUUUAUAUUGUGCAAGUCUUCCCCCCCUUUUCAUAUCACAUUUUAAAUGCUGUCAGAGCAUAGCCUUGUGGCUAAUAUAUUUGGACAUUACUGUACACAGUACAUUCCCCAGUUGUCUUUAUGUUGUCGAUCCUGUAUAGGAAACCUUCACGAAAGGGCCUUCUAUUUUUUUCUUGUGAAAAACAAUGACCAUAUUCAUCCAAUAAAGACAUUGCUUAUAGUUUUUCUA